UAAUCUCUCAUUACUCUUGCCAUAGUUGUUGCACGUGCCAUACCCUUCAGUGCGGAAAACUCAAAAGAAGGCACAACGCAGCGCAACAGAACUCAAUCCCCUUCUAAUGGCUGCUCUUUCGAUUCCCCCCUUAAACCCUCCUAAAACCCUCUUCCAAACCGCCCACAAAGUCUCAUUUCUUCCUUCCUUCUCAUCCGUAAUCGGUCGCAGCUGCAUCAUCAACAAUAAGAACAGACCAAAGCGCCACCACCCAAUCUCUCUCUCGACAACCAUCUCGAGCCAAAAAUCUCUCGACGUCCUCACCUCCGUUCCUCACAGAGAAGACGUUCUCCGCGCCAUACGGAGCUCUCUGUCCAACACUCUCUCUGAAACCUACCUCGACCUCACCGUUCCACAUAUCAAAUCCAAGACCAGAGGCAAGGUGAGAGAUGUUUAUGAUUGCGGUGAUUAUCUGGUUUUGGUCACCACCGACCGACAGAGUGCUUUUGACAGAAUCCUUGCUUCCAUUCCUUUCAAAGGCCAGGUUCUUAAUGAGACCAGCUUAUGGUGGUUUGAUAGGACUCAACACAUAACUCCGAAUGCAGUGGUUUCAACUCCUGAUAAAAAUGUCACAAUUGCAAGGAAAUGCUCGGUUUUUCCGGUUGAGUUUGUUGUCAGAGGUUUUGUGACUGGAAGUACUGAUACAUCACUAUGGACUGUCUACAACAAAGGUGUAAGACACUAUUGUGGCAAUAUUCUGCCAGAUGGUAUGGCAAAGAAUCAAAAGCUGCCUGUAAAUAUACUCACACCAACAACAAAGGCUGCAGAUCAUGAUGUUCCUAUAUCUCCAAACGAGAUAGUUGAGCGAGGUCUGAUGACGCAAGCUGAAUAUGACGAAGCAAGUAGCAAAGCCUUGAGCUUAUUUCAGUAUGGGCAGCGUGUGGCUUUGGAACAUGGUCUGAUACUGGUGGACACAAAGUAUGAAUUCGGGAAGGGGCCCGAUGGUACUCUUCUUUUGCUUGAUGAGGUUCAUACCCCUGAUUCAAGCAGAUAUUGGAUUGCUCAUUCUUAUGAGGAACACUUCUGGAAUGGUCUUGAACCUGAAAAUGUGGAUAAGGAGUUUUUGAGGUUGUGGUUCAAAGAUCAUUGCAAUCCGUACGAAGAUGAAGUCCUACCCGAUGCUCCUGAAGAGCUUGUUUGUGAACUUGCCUGGCGGUACAUUUUCCUGUUCGAGACAAUUACAAAGUCAAAGUUUGAGAUGCCAGGAACGCAGGAGCCAAUUCACGAUCGCAUAUCUCGGAAUGUUAUCCAGGCACUAUCCUGUCUACAGUAACUUCUCAAGCCCUUCAGCUGAACGUUAUUUCUUCCAGCAUUUUGCUGUCUAGAAAGCGAUAUAUGGUGCAGGGAAUCCAUGCACCCUAAUUAUUGUAGGUUGGGUGUCUUAACACCCUCUUCCCAUAUAUGACAUGCCAUUGGGAAUAAGGGAGCUGAUAUUUGUUUUCCUUUGAUCUUUGUAUCCAAUAGCAAGCUUGGACCAACACCCAAAAGAACUUGCACUGCGACCAUAACUUAUAGGUUGUUUGAAUUGAUUUGCUUUGUUUCUUCUCACAUAAAAAUAACUUAUCGUUAUGGAAA